CCCAAAUAAACCGAAUGUCAAUGAACAACAAUUCCCCUCUUCCCUAGCUGCUGGGAGUUGUAGUUCAGCUACAUCUGGGUGGCCAAAGUUUUCCCCACGCCUAAAAUAGACAGAGCCAGCUGACACCAUGUUGUUCUCAUAUAGAUAUUUGAUCUGUGGUUAGCUUUGCCUGCUGACAUGCUCCAGCAACUGUCUCAGAGCAGUCAAUUUUUCCGACCGCCAAUCGAUGGAAUGGUGCCGGUAUGCAUUUUAUGUUCCGUUGGCCUGAAGGCAAAAGGGGAGGGGGGAGGAGGAGUGAGUGGGUACGGCUUUUGAGAUGCAAUCUGUUCCCACACCACACCCCUCGAUACCCGCAAGUACAUGGCAAGCGAAGCAGGACACCGAGGUCCAUAAAUCUGUUUUCUAAGAGUGGAAUGGUUGGUUUUGCACUUGGCAAUGUAGUUGGGAUGUAUCUGGCCCAGAACUAUGAUGUUCCGAACAUUUUGAAGAAGAUUGAAGACAUCAAGAGAGACGUGGAAGCUAGAAAGAAGCCUCCGAACGACAAAUGAUGUUUACCUAGCCGUCUCUGUAUUAAAUGCAGAUCAUGUAGUUUUGCCACUAGGCGGCAGAUGCCAAACCUUCAUGUGGCUUUUUUGGAUUUCCUCCAGAUGUGUAGUCUUGAAAAACCAAGUUGCCCUCAGGCUGAAGUGUCACCACAUCCAAGGGACCUUCUAGCACUUUCUGGAUAUUUGACUUAUUUUUCUUUCUUUCUUUCUUUUUACCCCAUAUGUAAUGAGAAAAACCAUGCAGGGAGAGACUAAGAGAUUGGACUAUUGUUCUCAGUGUUUGUUUUCAAUAAUAUUUUCUAUUCAGUAUUAAUUUGAUUUUGGAGUAGAGUAAUGAAAUUAAUUAUUCCAGUGUGACAAUCAGUAAUGGUCUGGCUGUAGCAGUGACUCAUGAAAGAAAUUAAAACGCAUCAGGAAUUAGCAUCCAAAGAUUUUUAAUGGUAUUUUUAAAAUUAAUUCAGUAUUUUUUUUGUACAACCUAUUUGUAACAUACUAAAUCACAGAUAAAAAUCCUCCUCUCUUUCCCCCCUCUGAAGUGAAAGGCUUUUAAAAUUU